AUGGAGAUCAUUUUGGAUAAUGGUGAAGAAUCAUAUGAUGGCGGGGAAAUCAAGUCUUGCUAUCAAUGUGAGUGGCUUCAUCGCAACUUCGCAAGUAUCCGAUAUUUGAAUCUGAACCUUUCAAAGGCAAGAGCAUUAUUGGAUGUCAAUCCCUUUACUUUGGACGUUGAGGUCCUAGUCCCUUCUGACGCCAGUGCAUCUGUCUCUCCAUUCUACGAACCACCGAAAGCAUCAGGUGACGGUCUAAAGCUCUACACCGGCGGAUGUGCUUGCGGUGUCAUUACCCUAGCCGUGAAGACCAAACCACUGUCGGAGGUGGAGAUUAAAGAAGAUAAUUGCAGUAUUUGCCAGAGAGUAGGCCACCACCUUUGA